GAUUCCGCGUAGCCCCGCCCCUCCGCGUUGUCUAUUUAUAAUAAUGCAACAGCAGCUAUUUGACAGUUACUGUAGGAACAGAUGCAGCACCACCAACACAGCUCUAACUACAGCUUCACCUCAAUGGACGCAACUUCAUCCGUUACUCAGACAUAACCUGCAUUUCAAUUUUCAUUUCAGCCUUCACUGUAGGCUACAUACCUCCAACCGCUGUCUCUGCUCUUUAAUAUUAACCUGACAUUUAAAAACACAAUGACAGAAGGGAACAACAUGCCAGAAGGUGACACAGCGGGUAAGGAUGAGGUCCCCGCCGCCGUGCCCGCAGAGGAGAAGCGGCCGCAGGAGGAGGAGGAGGAUGGGGAGAAGAAGAAGGAGAACGGGGACAGCAAAGUGACCGUCCCGGAACAAACCGCGGCUCCGGGGGCAGAGGAGGUCGAGUUUGUGCACCCCGAGGGCGGCUGGGGUUGGGUGGUAAUGCUGGCUGCGAUGUGGUGUAAUGGCUCGGUGUUCGGUAUCCAGAACGCCUUCGGUAUACUCUUCCUCUCCCUCAUCCGAGAGUUCGGCUCCGAGACAGAUGAAGACCUCCGCUUCAGGACAUCGUGGGUGGGCUCCCUCUCCAUGGGGAUGAUCUUCUUCUGCUCUCCCAUCGUCAGCGUCUUCACCGACGUCCUCGGCUGCAGAAUUACUGCAGUGGGCGGUGCUGCUGUCGGCCUGGUCGGCCUCCUGGCCAGCUCCUUUGUCACGUCCCUGGGUCCCAUGUACUUCACCUAUGGCAUUGUGUUCGCCUGCGGCUGCUCUUUCGCCUACCAGCCCAGCCUGGUCAUCCUCGGUCACUACUUCAAGAAGCGCCUGGGCCUGGUAAACGGCAUUGUGACCGCCGGCAGCAGCCUCUUCACCAUCACCCUGCCCUUCGUGCUGUCGGGCCUGCUGGAGAAAGUGGGCCUCCAGAACACCAUGCGCGUCCUCUGCAUCCUUAUGUUUGUGCUGAUGCUGGCCGGCUUCACAUACAAGCCCCUGCUGCCGGUCAAACCCUCAAACACCCGCACAGGCAGCCGGUGCCCACCUUUGAGCCGGAUCUUUAACAUCAAUAUCUGGAAGUCUUUGGGAUAUCGCAUUUGGGCAUUCGGUAUCCCCGCAGCCCUCUAUGGCUACUUUGUGCCUUAUGUUCACCUGAUGAAGCAUGUGGAGGAGCGUUUUGGAGUUGAUGCCAAUAAAGAAGUUCUGCUCAUGUGUAUCGGCAUCACAUCCUGCGUGGGCCGUCUCAUCUUUGGCCAGGUGGCAGACUAUGUCAAUGGAGUCAACAAAGUCUACCUGCAGGUAACUUCCUUCUUCGUUAUCGGCCUCAUGUCCAUGAUGAUCCCUCUGUGCCACGUCUUUGGCGGGCUGAUCGCCGUAUGCCUGCUGAUGGGGCUGUUCGACGGCUGUUUCAUCUGCAUCAUGGCCCCCAUUGCCUUUGAGCUCGUUGGGGCAGAUGACGUGUCCCAGGCUAUCGGCUUCCUGCUGGGCCUGAUGUCCGUGCCCAUGACUGUGGGACCCCCCAUCGCAGGCUUCCUGAGGGACAGACUGGGCAGCUACGAUGUAGCCUUCUACCUGGCAGGCAUCCCCCCGAUCAUCGGAGGAGCUGUGCUGUGUCUGAUACCGUGGGUGGAGGCCAGGCGCAGAAGGAGGGAGAAAGAGGAGGCCCUGAACCGGGACCAGGAAGUCAGCCAGAAGAUGAUAGAGCAUGAGAAGGCUCAGGAAGACGCACAAUGCAAAACUGGAGAGUCUGUCCUCUAAGAGCCCCGCUGAAACAGACUGAAAGAGAAACACAUGGGGUCAGACUGAGACUGCUGAGAUACACUAUCUGUGUUUUUAGCCAAGAUUAUAAAAGACUGCCUUCUGUGGGAGAAUGUCGGAAAAUGCCAAAGCGAUGAAACAUAUCAGAAAGAGACGUGAAUGUGAUCCUGAAGAACUAUGCAUUAGAUUGUUCAAUUAGAGAAAACUUGAAGUUUCAAAUGAAAAUGGAGAAAGCUGCACAUUUAGUAUUUGUCACAAGGGAACGAAGGCAUGCUGUGUUUACUACAAACGCAGUGUGAAAGCUGCUUAUUCAGUCUUUAGCCAGUGUCUCCACCAAAACCAACACUUUCAGAUGGCAUUCUUAAGGGAAAGGUGGACUUAUUCUUUACAAUCCGUCUUCAACACUACCAUAUGUUUUUAGAUGUAGGAAUAUGGCAUAAAAAGAACAUAUUGGAUUAUAGAAGAAAUGUUUGUGAAUUUAACUUGAUUUAGCCUCAGUCAGUAUCUCUGUUUUGUGUAAGAGCAAACCCAACCGGUCUGCUAAAGAUUUCUCCUUAAACCUGCCAUCUUUAUUGUCUUCAGCGUCCCCUUAGACAGGGGUCUUAGAGCAUACCAAAAUUGUAAAUACUGGGGGUAAUCUGUUGAUAGUAAUCUAAAGAGAGAGAUUUAGUGUUAGUCAUGAAGCUCUGGGAUCAGCUGUAAAGGUGCCCAGACACUUCAAGGGAAGCAGCUUUAAAAGCACAAUGAUUUUACAUUCAGACAUGCAGCUCGGUCCCCCCAGGCUGGAUCCAGGAAGUCUGAUCUUUUGUACAACUGACUCUACCCAAGGUUGGAUUACCAACCUGGCAAGGCAGGACCACAGACCCCAAUCCAGGUUUACCAUGUUGCAUUAAGCUUGUGGUUAUACUGUAUGCACCACUAAAGCACAGAAUGAACUGAAGUGAUAGGGACCUUAGGGAUUACUGGGGUCCCAUUGUGUGUAGGGGAUCCGAGGUGAAAUCAACAUUUAAGGCAUUUAUUAUUGAAGUUUAUAUUGUGCUUACUGGUGUAUAUUCCUAAAAAAGUGCUUAAUUAAAUGACCACAAACUAAUUAUUAAGUAGUACAAAAAAAAUAUUCAUGCAGAGAGGUUGUUUGUAUAUUGAACCGUGUGUCUGAAAAAUCUCGACAGGGUUCACGUGGCAACGUUAUUAUUACAUUAAUAACUUUAAAGGAAUAGUUUGACUUUCUAGGACAUACGCUUAUUCUCAAUUAGACAAUCGACCCCACUCUCAUAUCUGCCCCUUAAAUGUAUAGCUACUACUCACAGCCAGUUAGCUUAGCACCAAGAGUGGAAACUACUAGGCUAGUCUUGUAAGCAUGUUUCCCAAAAUGUCAAAUUAUUCCUCUAAACUCUUAGCCAGCACAAGUACAACCUAAAUAUUAAUUCAUAAGGAACAUAUUAACAUUGUGUUUGUGUACAUGUCUAUUAAUUGACUAUAGUAUUGACAUUAAGCAGUAUUUCUUUUAAAACAACCAGUGGCGACACUUGUUUUUUAAAAGUUGAUAUUUAAUUUGGUCCAGUAUUUUGCGUAUAUACUUUGAUUGUGCGACAUUAAGUUACUAUGUCGGGCCUCUGGUUAAAGUGGAAAAAAGCUCAUAUGCUUCCUAGUAUGGAAGUAGUAGAGUAGCUGACGCGGUCCGGGUCAUACAACAGUCACUGUGUCAGCAACUAGAAAUGGGACGAUAUUAUUGCGUAUAAUUGUGAAUAUUUGAUUGAUUGAUUUAUUUUGAAUUACCACAAGGGGGAGCUCACAUCUUUCGGCAAUUAUAAGGCUCGGCUUCCCGGAUGUGUGGAAAUAGAAGAAGAAGAAGGACUGGGAGAUGAGGUUUCUUAUUUGUGAUGCGAUAUAAGAUAGAGUAAUUCCAGUAUGUUUUAGUGCCAUUUAAAAACUACAUUUUGAUGAUUUUCGGGAUAAUAUCAGGAAUUAUUUUGCCCAGAAUUAUUGUGACAUUUUCAUAUCGUCCCAUGCCUAUCAACAACCUGCUUGGAUGAAUGAUCUCUUAAAAGGACCAAAAAAUGAAUAAAAUACUGGUGCAUAUGUAGUUCUUCACCACACACAUUUACCUACAGUAUCUAGUCUCUGCUAUUUGAAAUAGAACUGAGGACACGAGUUUGACUGAUCAUUGACUAUGUGACCGUUAGUCGAGUUUAGUCAGGCUAAUAAUUAACUGUGUACCCAGUUUACUGACCUUCAGUAGAAAGGUGUUUGUUUUAUGUUUUCAUAUUGUAUUUAUUUUGUUGUUUUUGUGGAGAAUGUCAUGCUGUAAUUGACGGGCGUUUGCCCAGAUCCUCGAUUUCAUUUACUGACGACCAAAAUGUGCUGAAAUGAAAAAUGGCUGAAAGUGAAUUCACCCUGAUUUCUUGCUGUCAUAUACGUCUCCCUGAAGCCUACAGGUAGUGUCAGCAAACCAUCUGUUAGGAAGUGACCCAUCAGUCCGUCACUGUUGGAAAACUCAGAGACCUUUUGGAUACAACAUUGAGUUCCUGUGGGUUGAUGAUGUUUCCUCUGCAGACCUGUGACACUGUCUACCUCAGAUGUUGUAAAAGCGUAGAGCUCUUCCCAUCCCUGGUCCUCCUGAGAGCAGUGUGACUGCAGGAAAUAAAAUGAUCUAGCUGUCCAAGCUUUGUUCUUUAAUGAAGUGCUUGCUGCUCGCAACCAGAAAUGCCUUUUUUUUUAAUGAAACGUUGACGGCGUUUACAACUCUUUUCCUUGCGGAAUAUAUAUUUUUUAAAGACGUGCAUGGCUGUUUAUAGCAGUUUAUUUCAAGACUGUUUUUAUCUUUCCCGUUGUAGUGCUAGUAACCAAUGACAGCCUGAGGAAUUUCAUGCCAAAGAAAUGAAUUUGUACCUCUGAAUUCUGAUUGUAAACCUCUUUGCCAUACACACAUUUACAUGUUUUGUUAUGCUUAAUAAUCAUUUUUAUUUACUAAUGUAUAUCAUACUGCUUCUUAGAAUGUAGCAUCUGUGGCAUCCAAAGACACAUUUUGAAAAAGUAAAACAAAUUGCAUGAUUUAUUUCUUUUCAGUAAUGACUUUAGACCAAAUCUUUGACACAAAUUGUCUUAUUAAAUAGCUUUUUCCUAUUUCUGUCUUGAUAGUGUCUACAGCUGCUGGCAAACAGGAGUUUUAUUGCAUUUUAUUUCUAAUUUGCUGUUAUUAUUUUGGCUUGCCCUCAUCUAAUCCAACUGGCUUUAUCAGAAUAUCCAUAUGUUUGCAUUUUGUUUUCGCUGCAAGUACAGAUAAAGAUUUACUUUGUUAAAGCUUUGCAUCUUUGCUACUUUCAUCCCUUUUUUACAUAAUUUAUGUCUUAAUUUCUCUUCACUUGUUGCUUAGUUUUGUUUGUAUAUUCAAGUUACCCAAAAUGUUUUCUACUAAAAUAUUACUUCUCCUGUGUGCUGCAGGAUGUGUGGUGAACUACAGUAUAUGCUAUGUAAUAUUAUGUAAACACAAUCAGAUUUCAAUAUUUUCAAGACAGUAAAAAAAGAAAGAUGUUAAAAUUU